AUGCAAAAGGAGCGCGACUCGACGGGGAGGUUCUUGGUGGUGGACAAAAGCUCGGGAAACUACGAAGCCCUGAUCGAGCAGGAAAUGAACAAAGUAUACGAGAGGGUAAAGCAAUUAGAUGCCAAUCAGGUAGAAUUCUUGCAGGCUUUUCAUGAAAUUCUCUACUCACUCAAACCCCUCUUUAUGGAAGAACCAAAAUAUCUUCCCAUCAUCGAAAUGCUAUCAGAGCCUGAGCGCGUUGUCCAAUUUCGCGUGUGCUGGAUAGACGACAGUGGCAUCCAACGCAAGAACAGAUGCUUCAGAGUUCAGUUUAAUAGCAUUCUUGGUCCUUACAAAGGAGGACUGCGCUUUCACCCGUCCGUAAAUUUAUCCAUUGUGAAAUUCUUGGGCUUUGAACAAAUUUUUAAAAAUUCUUUAACUGGUCUUUCCAUGGGAGGAGGAAAAGGAGGAUCGGAUUUUGACCCCAAGGGAAAAUCAGAUAGCGAAAUUCUGAAAUUCUGCCAAGGGUUCAUGAACGAGCUGUACAGACAUAUAGGGCCAUGUACAGACGUCCCCGCAGGGGACAUUGGAGUUGGAGGAAGAGAAAUAGGUUACCUAUUCGGCCAGUAUAAAAAGUUAGCGAAUCAUUUUAAUGGUACUUUAACAGGAAAGAACGUGAAAUGGGGAGGAUCCAACUUAAGAAUAGAAGCAACAGGCUACGGUUUAGUCUACUUCGUUUUGGAGGUUUUAAAAUCGCUAAACGUUUCAGUCGAAAAACAAACAGCAGUAGUUAGUGGCAGCGGAAAUGUAGCCCUUUACUGUGUUCAAAAAUUACUACAACUGAAUGUAAAGGUCCUAACCCUAAGUGACAGUGAUGGAUACAUUUUCGAACCAAACGGAUUCACAAAUAGCGACCUGAAUUUUAUCAUAGAAUUGAAGGAGGUGAAAAAAGGAAGAAUUAAAGAUUAUUUGAAGCACUCUUCAACAGCCAGUUAUUUUCCAAAUGAGAAACCUUGGAGUGUUCCAUGCACCUUAGCUUUCCCUUGUGCUACUCAAAAUGAAAUAAACCUUGAAGAUGCCAAGAAUUUACACAAAAAUGGAUGCAUGCUAAUCGGUGAAGGAGCAAAUAUGCCAUCCACUGUCGACGCCAUUAACUAUUUUAAGUCCAAUAAAAUCGUCUUUUGUCCUUCCAAGGCUGCCAAUGCUGGGGGGGUAGCCAUUAGUGGACUCGAAAUGGCGCAGAAUUUUCAGUUGACGAAAUGGACCAGGGAAGACGUAGAUGAGAAGCUGCAAGAAAUUAUGAAAAAUAUUUUCGUGGCAUGUUCGGAAAAUGCUUUGAAGUAUACAAAGGAUAAGUACGACUUGCAGGCGGGGGCCAACAUUGCCGGCUUCUUGAAGGUUGCGGAGUCGUACAUCGAGCAGGGCUGUUUCUAG